UCGUCAAAGUUCACCCAACCGAAAAUGUCCUAUUUCGAGGCCUCGUGUUUAUUGUCCAGAAGCAUUGAAUGAAGUUUCACACCAGGUUAUGUGUUGCAAAAGUCUUUUGAGAUAUUCCCCUGUGGGUCAGUUUAAAUCUAUAUAAGUAUUUAAACAAAGCAUUUGGACUCACAUUUAAAAGUCGAGCAGUCCGAUUCACAUUAGCAGUUAAUAAAGCUACGUGUAAUAGAAGAUAUUAGGAAUUCAACAUGACGAAAUAUACUUAUCAUUACUUCAAUAUUAAAGGACGUGGGGAAGUUGUGCGCUUAGUAUUUGUGGCUGCUGGUGUAGAUUUCGAUGAUCGCAGGAUUGAAUUUCAGGAUUGGCCAAAGGUGAAACCAACCACACCCACUGGUCAGUUGCCAAUUUUAGAAAUUGAUGGUAAAAAAUAUUUCCAGAGUAUGUCUCUCGCCCGAUACAUAGCAAAGAAAAAUGGUUUGGCUGGAACGAAUGACCUGGAACAACUUCAGAUUGACCAGGUGGUAGAUAAUGUUCACGAUCUUCACGAGGAAAUGAUCGUUCCGAUUUUUGAAAAAGACGAGAAAAAAAAGGCGGAACAGACUAAAAAACUAAUGGAAGAAAGCAUCCCGCGUGGGAUGGGGUUUUUGUCGAAAACUCUGAAGGAUAAUGGCGGGCAGUAUUUUGUAGGAAAAAAGCUCAGCUUAGCAGACAUAUAUUUCUUUGAUGUAGUAUCUCGAUUUUUGGAGAAGGAUGACAAAGUAUUAGAUAAGUUCCCCGAAUUAAAAGCUAACCUUAAUAAAACAAAGUCUCUACCCAAGAUCGCAGAUUACCUCACCAAACGACCCAAAACAGAUCUCUAGAAACCAACACGGCAGCGUCAUUUUGUUGUAACUUGUAAAUAAAUAUUCAAUGUAUUA